UUUCUCCCACCCUCCCAAUUUCCCCUCCCCCUUUUUCGCUGAACCCGCUCCAAUUCUCAAAUCUCAAUUCAAAAGAAUCAAAACCCAAACUUCAAAUUCGUUUCCCUUACAACACUUUCCCUUCUCAGUCAAUUCCUCCUUCCACCACUUUCCCUCCCUUCUUCCUUCCUUUCAAUGUUCCAACCUAACAACCCCAAAAUGGAUUCCUCCACCACAUUCCUCAACGACCUUCCUCCCCUCAAGAGACUAAGACUCUUGCAACAACAACAGCAACAAAAAGAAGAACAUCAUUAUUAUGACUCUUCUUCACCUUUACCCGCUAAAAAACGCAAGGAGUCUCGAACCCUAUCUCCACCCUCUCCCACCACCACCAAAACCGUUUAUAACUAUUCCCUCCCCGCCAAGAAAAGAGUGUGGGCCCUACAACCCCAGAGCCCACCCUCAAAUGACGUCGUCCCCGCCUUCGACCUCAAUGUGGAAUACACACCCAGCCCCAACAACCACGGAGACUUCGAAGAAGACCACUCCGAGGACGAGGACGGGGUUCUAUGCUGUGUGUGCCAGAGCACGGACGGCGACCCUGCGGAUCCAAUAGUCUUCUGCGACGGGUGCGACCUCAUGGUGCACGCCUCCUGCUACGGCACUCCCCUGUCCAAGUCCAUCCCGGAUGGAGACUGGUUCUGCGAACGCUGCUGUUUCCGUUUCGAGAAGAAUGAUGUUGGCAACAUCAAUUGCAAUGCUUGCGUGCUGUGCCCUUCCACCGAGGGGGCGAUGAAGCGGACCACCGCCGAGGAGGAAGGUGGCGCGACGUGGGCACACGUGGUGUGCGCCCUGUUCGUGCCGGAAGUGUUCUUUCUUGACCCCGAAGGGAGGGAGGGGAUCGACUUCUCCAAGGUUCCAAAGAAGAGGUGGGAGGAGAGGUGCUAUCUUUGCGGAUCCUGCGAAGGGUGUGCUUUGGUGUGUUCUGAGCCCAAGUGCGGGUUGGGGUUUCAUGUCACUUGUGCGCUGAAGGAGGAACUUUGGAUUGAGUACAGGGAAGGGAAGAAGGGUGGUACCAUAGUUGCCGGCUUCUGCAAAAAGCACACCCAAGUUUGGGAAAAGCAACAGCAAUCCGGGAAGUACAAAAUUGUUGCUGUUGAAGAUAAAAAGUAGCAAAAGUCUUGGUUUUUUUUUUUUGAAACUGUUAGUUAAUUAACCAUCCUAGGGAAAUUCAAAGUUAGUUACUUUUGAAGAUCAUUUGAAUCAGUUGUAAUUUUACUCUUCAUAGCUGAUAGCUUUUAUGCUUUGUUUUAGUGCUCUAAAUCUUCAGAUGAAGACUGUUGCCGACAGUAUGUGAUCAUUGUUACGUAAGAAGAUUAACAGUUGAAUUGUGAUCAAAUUGAGUUAUUAUAACAAAAAAGAAAAAAAUUGAAAAAAUUAAUGUUGUA